AUGCUGUCCUGCUGCUCGUGCUCCAUGCUAUGGAUUGUCAUCGCCAUUAUGACGGGUCUAUCGAUGCUGUUGAUGCCCUCAUUCUACAAGAACAUCUAUCGGGCCCUUAUCGCCAAUUUUGGCCCGCGGAGUCUGAUGAAGCGGAAGCGGGUGACCGGGAAGGUGAUCCUGGUCACGGGUGCCGGAAAUGGCAUUGGGCGCUUGAUCGCGCUAAAAUUCGCCUCACUCAACGCGAAGCUCGUGCUCUGGGAUGUUGAUGAGAAGGGUCUCGCAGCGACAGCUAAGGAAUGUGAAAACGCUGGAGGAGAUCAAGUGCUGGUGCAGAAGGUCGACUUAUCGGAUCGAGAGGCAAUAUAUGCGGCAGCGGAAACGCUAAAAGCAAAAAUGGGCGACGUGGAGAUUCUGGUGAACAAUGCGGGAAUCGGGCGCGGCGGGCCCUUCCUCGAGAAAUCUGAUGAUUAUAUUGAAGUGUGUAUGAGGGUCAAUUCUAUGGCUCAUAUGUGGCUAGCAAAAGCCUUCCUGCCAGCCAUGAUGGAGAAGGACAAUGGCCACAUCGUCUGCAUUGCUUCCGCGGCUGCCCUCGUUGGUGCCAGAACCCUCGUUGAAUAUUCGGCCUCGAAAUUCGCGGCGUUCGGCUUCCAGGAGGCGCUGGAAAAUGAGGUCUACGGCCUCGGGAAGCGGCGGAUUCAAUUCACCACCGUGUGCCCGAUUUUUGUGCAGACACGAAUGUUGGAUGAUAUCCCGGUUUCUUCAAGAAUGAAGGGCGACAUUUUGACGCCAGAGUACGUUGCUGAACGGGCUGUGGACGGCGUUUUGACGGACGAGCGGCUGGUCGUUCUACCGCCCCGGAUUCGAUGCCUGCUGGCCGCCAAAAAUUUGAUACCCCGACGAUCGUUCCAACAACUUCUCUUGCGAACCUCC